AUGGACGCCGACCGCCUACAACUGGUCUGUAGGAUAGCAACGAAGCACUGCAAUCAAUCUGCAAUCGAGACCAACGAUUUCUCGAAUGGCUCCUACAACCGAUGCUUCAGAGUCAAAUUAGAACAUGGGCCCGAUGUUAUUGUUCGCAUCCACAUGCUGGGGAAGUCUUUUCUUCGUCGGGAAAAGGUCCAUGGUGAGGUCGAGCUAUGACAUACGUUGCUGCCAACCAGCCAUCGAUUCCUGUUCCGAAAAUUCUGGGAACGGGCGCCUCUAACAUAGGACCCUACGUGGUUAUGAAGUUUGUAGAGGACAAACUGUUA